UGCAUAGGGUUGAAAGGAAGGCUGGCCCAUCAUGAAAAAACUAACCUAGGAAAAUCUGCGUUUCUGACGUUUCCAGGGCCGAACGGUUGUCCGAGGCGUCGGGGCCGGCAGACGUACACGCGGUUCCAGACCCUGGAGCUGGAGAAGGAGUUCCAUUUCAACCACUACCUGACGCGACGGCGGCGAAUAGAGAUCGCGCACGCCCUGUGCCUGACCGAGCGCCAGAUCAAAAUCUGGUUCCAGAACCGGCGGAUGAAGCUGAAGAAGGAGCUGAGGGCGGUGAAGGAGAUCAACGAGCAGGCGAGGCGGGAGCGGGAGGAGCAGGACAUGAUGAAGAAGCAGCAGGCGGAGAAGCAGGCGAAGAUGCAGCAGGAGCAGCAGAACGCGGCGCUCCAGCAUCAGCAGCCGCACCACGUAAGCGGCCUGGACAAGACGCAGAGCGAUCUGCUGAAGGCCGUCAGUAAGGUGCCCACAUAGGAGACUUUGCUGGGCCGGUUGUCUUUCUUUUAAAGAAGAAACAAGAGACUGGACGCAGCGGCUGGACGCGCAGACAUCGAGGAACGCGGAACGGAAGACGCCCGGUAAGGUCGUCCAUCGCGCGCGCGGCUGCUCGGAGAGAGC